CGGAAGAGGAAGUAAGCGUCAGCUGACUGGACUUGUGUUUGGCAGAGGAGUUUCCUGACACUUUAAGGGGCUUUCACUAGUGCUUACACACUGAUGUUAGUGAGUGAGUCGUGAUGUUACGACCCAAAGCCUUAACGCAGGUCCUCAGCCAGGCGAACACGAACGGAGUCCAGAGCACACUCCUGCUGAAUAAUGAAGGUUCCCUCCUGGCUUACUCUGGGUACGGGGACACUGACGCACGGGUGACAGCCGCCAUCGCGAGCAACAUCUGGGCGGCCUACGACAAGAACGGCCACCAAGCCUUUAACGAAGACAAACUCAAAUUCAUACUCAUGGAUUGUAUGGAGGGAAGAGUGGCCAUCACACGUGUAGCCAACCUACUUCUGUGUAUGUACGCCAAAGAGACGGUGGGCUUUGGAAUGCUUAAAGCCAAGGCAGAGGCCCUGGUGCAGUACCUGGAGGAACCGUUAACCCAAGUGGCAGCGUCAUAGUGGAGAAGUGACUGACGCUCCUGUCACUUCUGUCUGCCUGGAAAAAUAAGCAUCAUAAGGUUCAGGUCAUUCAUGGACUACUGUAACAUUCUGUGUACAUGCAUAAACCUAUGAGUGUGUGAGUGAGUGUGUAGCGUGGGGGGGGGGCAGUGUAUUUAUAAUCAUGGAAUUGAAACUAAUAACUUGUUUGGGCUUUUAACACUUUGUCUUCCCUUGUGACGCUUUUGCUCAUCUAGUGGUUUGUUCAAAAAUUCCACAUAAUGUGUCGAUAGGAAGUCUGAGUGUUCAGCUGCUGAGAUGUUUCCAUUAAUCAACUGUUCCCGCGGUUGAUUCAUUCAUUUGCAGUUUUAGUUCAGCCUUUUACGAUCCCAGUUAAGCUGAAAAUGUAACAUUAUGAAUCCUGUCGGAGGAGUAAAAUGGUUUGUGGAAAACUUUCGUAAGAAUGUCUUUCUGAUAAAAUGCAGUGAAGAUUGUUUGCUACAUUUUGUUUUAAAGCUGUCAAAUAAACAAUUCUUAGAUUAAUAUUGAGUUUUUGCUCUGAACUGAGUGCUUGGUAUGAGUGGGCUUUUAUUGUAGAUUAGUUCAAAGCUUAAUUUUUACAAUUAGGCUUUGAAAACUCCCAUAGUUUCAGUAUUCUCUGAUACAAAUGUUAUUGAAUCAGUAUUUUAUAUUGUCAAAUUAGAAAGGCCCGCUAAAUAAAGCUUGAGAGAAUAUCUUAAAUCCAUAUCAAGCACUUUAGAUGUAUUUUGCGUUGGAUGCAUUAUUACCAUUUUACAAAACUCUGCAUUGUUAUGAUUGGAUUUAGCGGGUACAUACAAUAAAACACCCUCAUGUUGUUAUUUUGCUCUUGUUGGGGGAAAAAAUUAAACAUUUUCAUCAUAUUCACAUUUCCAUGAUGCUGUAUUUUUAUGAUAGUUUUCUGUAGAUAUUCACUAAAACUACGAGAU